UUAAAAUUCAAAAUGACAGAAUCUCAAUUAAAAUAACAAUGAGAUUACCCAUAAUAAGGAAAACUAUUUUAUGUUAUAGGCAUUUAUACUUUUCAUCGAUCUUGCAAACAUCAACCAAUUGACUAUGAUUCCUUUCAUGUGCUAUGACCCUCCUUCGUGUGCUCUUGUAUAAUCGACUUUAUCGAAACCAUCUAAAUGAUAGCAUAAUUAGUACAUUUCGAUAAGACUCGCUUCUCGUUUAGAAUGGCAAAGCCAUUACUAAUUAAGACAAUAGCUUCCAGUAGUGUUAUUAAUAUCAUAAAAAAAAUAAUUAAAAAUGAAAGCAAAGAAACAAUAGGAUGAUGCAGUUCUUGAGGAAGAUCUUGUGAGAACGAAAUCUUAACUAGACUACUUUCCAAAAUGGCAGGAAUUGAAACCGCUUGGGAAGAACAUCCAUCGAAGAUCUUAUCAUUCCUGUGUGACAUGGGACAAUUAUAUCUAUGUAUAUGGUGGAUAUGAAACUAAUGAGGGAAUAUUGGAUGAUUUGAUGAGGAUUCCCAUACCCAGUUCAGACAAACCAUUGGAGUGGUAACAGGUGUACAGGAACCCUUAAAAAGAAGUGAAAGGACCAGGACCUUUGAGGAAUCACACCGCAGUUGUAUAUGAAAAUAAGAUGUACAUCUUUGGAGGAAAAGAGAAUCUAAUCUAGCCUUGUAGCAAAUUGUGGAUAUUCGAUUUUUAAACAGAGAAGUGGGAUGAAGGGGAAGAUUGUAAAAUAAACAAUCAUGCAGUUUGCAUAGAAGGUCAUAAUAGUUGUGUAUUUGUGCAAGAAGAUACGGCAUCAAUGAUUGUAUUUGGUGGUUUUUACACCGACAAAGGCUAUGUUUCUCAGAUUCUCCAAUACUCAUUCAAGAAGGAAAAGGAUAUGUGGUCACUCUAUUAAGAAUAGCAGAAAACGAGUCCGUAAGGCAGAGCAGGGGCAGGAGCUGCAAUUUUGGGGAGUGACUUAUAUGUUUUUGGAGGAUGCAAUUAUGAAUAAAGGUUUUCAGAUUUUUGGAAGUUCGAUCUAAUCAAUAAGAAAUGGGAACAAAUUAAAACGGAAAAGUCUCCAGGAUCUCGAUCCUCCUCAGUUAUUGUAACACACAGCUAAGGAUUGUAUUUAUUUGGAGGAAUCCAUGAUAUUACUCAUGAGAAGAAUGACUUGUGGAUGUUUAAGAAUAACGAUUGGGUGUUGUUGGAAGAGGAUAAUAGUAGAAGAUAAGUGAAUGAUGAUUUGAAUGAUUCACUAGAUAAAGCAAGUCAGAGCAAGCCUAAUAAGCAAAAGGAAAAAGCUAAAAUCUAAGAUAUCUAAAACAGGACCUUAUUUUUAUUGGGUGAAGACACUGAGUUAAGGAGUCCAUAGAGAAGAGGUUCAUUAAAGAAUAUUAGUUUGCCUGCUGGGACACAGAAGAUAAGUACAGAGCAAAACAAUGUAUCUUAGGCUACAAAUAAUAUGGAAGAACUCAAGAAAAGAAGAUGGUAAUAAAAGAAGAUGUAGAUGCUAGCUGAAUUUGAAUUGACAGAAGAAGAAAAGUAGAAAUUCAGAAGCUCGUCUCCUACCACUGAAUAGAUUAAAAAUUCCAUCAAUUUAAUAACAAAUCAAGAUAAAGGUGGAUAAAGAAAGAUUUCUUCUCCCAUGGGAAGAAAACAAUAAUAAGCAUAACUCAUUGGCAAAAAACCAUGUGCAAGAGAUGGUCAUUCAGUUGUUGUGGCAGGGGAAUUUAUGAUAGUAUUUGGAGGUGAUCGUAAUCUAAUGUCAUUUAACGAUCUAUACAUGUAUUCCUUCACCAUGCCAACCAAACCAACAAAAUGA